AUGAAGCGAAUGAAUCCACGCUGGAAGUCGCCCCCCCAUGUGGCCGUCGGGAGUGGGGAGCAGGCAGCCUUGCCCGCGGGAGUCGGCGCUGCGCAGAGCGGCGCUCAGCGGCAACAUUCUGGCGCUGCCGCCGCACCACGUCCCCACCGGCCGCAGCGUCCGGGUCUUCAUCUGCGCCAACCCCGACGUUACCUGCUAUCCGAGGCAGAACAACCAAUCAAUCACCCCUCCCUUCCAGGUGGUGGACCUGUACUGGGGUAUAGAUCCAGAGGAGUGGGACAGUCCGGAGCUGCAGCGCCUCAGGAUGAAGCUCCUGGAGGAGUGUCUGAAGACCUCGGCCGGCCCGUGUUUCGUUGGUCUUGUCGGAGAGAAAUACGGCAGUAUCCGCGUGCCGGGGGAGGUGGACUCGGCGGAGUUUGAGAUGAUCCUGGACGCGGCAGUGGAGGCAGGGUUGGACACGCACAUCCUGGAGGAGUGGUAUUGCAGGGAUGAGAACUCGGUGCCACCCGCAUACUACCUCAAACCCAAAGCCCAGAUGCUUAAGAACUACCAGAACUCUAUGGAGUCAAGUAGUGCUGCCAAGACCAAGAAUGACAAGGCCUGGAGGAAUGUGUCAGAGGAGAUCAAGAGGAUCUUCCGUACCGCCGUGCUGCAGCUCCAAGAGAAGGGGACCAUGAAGAGCGCUCAGGCUAAAAAAUUCCUUUGCUCUGCCUUGGAGGAUGAGCUAGACUUCGCCUUGGGAAAACAAACACCCGCCUUUCUCAAGAAAUGUGUUUGCUACAUCCGCAAGAUCUCCAACUUUGACCGCUUUGCUAAGCUCCCUGAGAUGGCCCGCUACAUGGACAUUGUGGUUAGUGCCGACCGUAUCAUGCGCAACCAGGAAUCCUACGAACGUCUUCUGAAGGUACGGGAUGAAUUCAUCCCCACAGUUGUGGCCGCCUCCAACCUACGCGUCUACUCCUCGGUCACUCACUGUGACAUGAAGUCGGGCUACUCUCAGGAAGUAGAGAGCCACUACGUGGAAGGUCUGUGCAAACAGUUCUACGAGGACAUGGUGGAUAUCAUCCAAGCUACGGUGCAGCAAAACUUCGACACGGAGACAGACCCGCUUUACGAUGAGAUUCUGCAGCACCUCUCCUUGUGCAAGACCUACGCGUCGUUCUACGAGUACAAGAGCGAGUCGUUGGAUUACGUGCAGGAGUACCUACUGCCAUCCAAGGGUAGCAGGAUGAGCCCCCUAGUGGUGUAUGGAGGACCGUGCACUGGAAAGACAUUGCUGCUGGCUGAGGUAGCCAAACAGGCCUACUCAUGGCUGCAGAAAGAGAUGGGCCCCGAGACCGAUCCAGUGGUUAUCGUCCGUUUCGUUGGCUCCACUCAGCUCUCCACAGACCUUCGCACUCUCCUUCAGAGCAUUUGCGAACAGAUCGCCAUCAACUACCGCUGCCUGAUCCACUUUCUGCCUAACAAAAUUCAGGAGAUGAGGGAGCUCCUGAUCAACCUGCUGGGAGAGUCCUCGUUCCACAGGCCCCUGGUUAUUGUGCUAGAUGCCCUAGAGCAGCUCUCGGAUGCUGACGAAGCCCGCAAGCUGUGGUGGCUCCCAGUGCACCUUCCCAGGACAGUCCGCAUUGUGGUGUCCACCUUGCCCAAUAAACACGGUAUCUUGCAGAAGCUCCGACAACUCAUCCAUGAUGAGGGACAUUACAUGGAAUUAAUCCAGAGGGACCGCAAGGUCUGCAGUCAAACUCUCAAGCAGCAACUGCUGGGGGUCAAGAGAAAAGUCACCUCGGGCCAGCAGAUUUAUGUCAAUGAGGCACUUGCCAAAUGUACAUUACCAAUGUUUGUCAACCUUAUCUAUAGAGAGGUAGUGCACUGGAGGUCUCAUAAAGAUGUUGAUGACAGGUCUCUGUGCUCCACAGUGCAUGAAAGCAUUGAGCAGCUCUUUUACUCUGUAGAGAACAAGUUGGGCCAAAGAUUUGUCUUCAGAGCAUUGGGCUAUAUCACAAUGGCCAAGGCUGGGUUGACUGAGGUAGAGCUGGAAGAUAUUCUGUCCUUGGAUAACAUUGUUCUUGGUGAUGUUAUUGUAGCAUCAUACCUUAAAAACCCUUUGAGGAUCUCUUAUGACUUAGUUGCGAGGCUCAAAGAGGAACUGGAGGGUUACCUGGUGGAACGACAGGUACGCAAUGUCACCCUGAUGGUCUGGGCUAACAGACAUCUUCAUCUCAUUGCCCAGAAGUUAUACCUCAGCAACGAGGAAGACGUCCAUCAGAUGCACAGCCUCCUAGCCGAGUACUUCCUUGGGGCAUGGUCAGGAGGCAGGAAGAAGAUUUUCACCUACGAUAACAACCACUUUACUUCCUUAAAUAUAUCUCAUCACAAAAAUCCCCACCAUCCACAGUCACACGAAGAAACAUCUUCCGACAAGUACUCCUAUGACAGGCAGACCCCCGACCAGCCUUGGGUGUUCCAGUGCAACCUUCUAGAACCCGACAUUUUCUUUGUUAACCACAGGAAGAUGACAGAGCUGGUUUAUCACCUUACCAGGAGUGGGCGUACCGACGACCUAAUGUUUGGGGUCAUUAUGAACUUCAGUUGGCUGUAUACAAUGAUCAAGAUUGGUCAGUUCGAAAAAGCCUUGACGGACAUUGAUGUAGCCUACAGCUAUUCCCAAGAGAAAGAACUUAAGUUCCUGGCCACCACUCUUCGUAGCAUUAAGGUAAAAGUAAUGAAAAACCCAGCGUCGUUGUCUGCCGAGCUGCAGCAAAGGUUGCUGCCAGUAGUUACCUCACUUCCCAAGCUCAGACACCUCCUCCUGGAGUGUGACAAGGAUGGGCCUAAGUACUGCUCCAUUGUGCCUCUGCAUUCUUCCAUGGACGUCACCUACAGUCCAGAGAGGCUUCCUCUCUGUUCCAGCUACAUGCAAAUUGUGGAUAUCCUGCCCACCCUUGCUCCAAACAUUGUUCUUGUAGCUUUGGAAGAUGGCUCUGUCAGUACAUGGGAUGUAGAGAGCAGACAGCUGCUGAGACAGAUUGACACAGCUAGAUCUGUUGUGUUGGGAAUCAGAUUAACCACUGAUGAAAAAUACCUGGUAGUGGCCACAACCAAAAACACCCUACUCAUCUAUGAUAACCACAAGUCCUGCCUUCUAUCUGAGGUUGAAAUCAAGGGGUCCAAGCAAGGAGGGAUUAUGGGAGGCGUGGCCUUCAUCAAUGGUUUCACCUUGUCCAGCCAUCAUGCUCUGGCUUGGCUUGAGGCCAGCAAAGAUGUCAAUGUCAUCGACCUACUGUAUGGUUGGCCUCUCUACCAGUUCCAUUGCUGGUAUGAGGUCACUUGUGUCCAGUGCUCUCCUGAUGGAAUGUAUGCCUUCUGUGGUCAGUAUCUCAACACUGCAUCUGUCUUUCAUUUGGGAAACGGGGACAAGUUGGCAACAGUGACUUCUGAGUUUUCUGGGGGCUUUGUCAAGUCCAUACUCGUUUUGGACACCAUUAACCAGAUGGUGAUGAUUGAUAAUGAAGGCAGUUUGUCAGUAUGGAACACUAAAGAGAUCACCAAUCCAAGAUUGAUGGAGGAUUAUGACUGCCGGGGGGAUGAGAGUGAAGUGGUGAGCAUUGAGUUAUCUGAAGACCAGCGCUCUAUUCUCAUCUGCAAGGCCAGAAGUAUCGAGGUGUUGGACACAAAGGUGUGGAAGAUGGUGGAGAAGUUCAAAGCUAAACGGAGUGAGCGCUUUGUGGCUGCUGUUCUCUCCAAAAAUGGCCAAAGCAUUGUAGCUUCCAUGGAGAACACCUCUUCCAUCUUUGUUUGGAGGCGAGACAGCGGACAGUGUAUGGCCAGCCUGAUUGAGAUCUCAGGGGCUAUUGUUAAACUCAUCAAGUCCACCCAUCACAACAUGCUCCUCUCUGUUGCCAGCAGUGGAGUGUUGUCAGUCUGGGACAUUGAUAUCAUUACCGCUAUGUCUAACAUUGACAAAACAGGAAAGAAGAUCCAGGCCUUGCAGCUUACCGGCAGAGAGGAUUAUGUGUUUACUAUGGACGGCUCAGAGGCUGUUCACAAGUGGAAUUUCAGCACUGGCUUUAUUGAGACAGUCUUCAAACAUGAGGGCUUAGUAGAGAACUGCGUCCUGACCUCCUCGGGGGAUCUCAUGGUGACUUCAGAUGACAAGUGCAGUCAGUACAUUUGGCAGACUAACACGGGGGAAAACAUCUUUCGUAUCAAUGGACAGAAAAUAUCACAGCUCCUAAUUACCCACAACGACCAGUUUGUAGUGUCACUCUGUGAGCAGAAUGCAUCUAGAGUCUGGAGGCUUGCUACUGGACAUAAAGUGUGCAACAUUUUGGUCACCCUCCAGAAUGCACUGAUCACCACCGCCAAUACGUUCCUUGUGGGGACCACCAAAAACAAACUCCUCGCUGUUAGCCUGUGGUCAGGUAGUGUGUCCAAGAAGUUUGUUUGUGAUGAUGAUAUUACCAUUGUCAACUUCAGGCUCAUUCCUGACUGCCCUGAUUGUGUGGUGUUCAUCACAUCCACGGAGACUGUCUUCAUCUGGAGUGUGGCAGAUGAGUCUGUGUGCAGGCGAGUACAGUUGCCAACCAACUUCCUCAAAAACCUAGAAGACUUCCAGAUCUCGCCCAACGGAAAGCUAGGCAUCGUCUCCAAGGGUGAUGAAAACAUUAACGUCCUGGACCUUCACAGUGGGAAACUGAGGCUUGUCCAUGCCGCUGGCAUAAUCUGGCGCCAGAAACUGUCACGAGAUGGACGUUACCUGGUGUACGUCUGUUUCCGGAACUGUGAUGAGGAUGACGACGCCGGCGUUGUGUCCAAUCUGAUUGUGAUGCGUCUGGCCGAUGGCAAGAGCAUUGGCACAUGCUCACUUUACAAAACACCCACUUAUCUCUGCCUCUCCCAGCGAGCACUAAACAUCAUCAUCGGCUUCGAGGAUGGCAGCAUUGGCACUUACACAGUGGUGGACCGUGUUGACGCUGCCCUCAAGAUUAAGAUUGCCACGUCAAACAGCCGACAAAUCGUCAACAACGCCUCACAGAAAGUCCGACCCAAGUGCGGCAAUCAUUCCUUCAAGACCAUUGCCGACUGCAUAUGGAGGGAGUCAACGGAGGUCUUCUCCAGGGAUAGCCCCAUCAAUGUAUCCGACUCUGGUGAAGCUGAGACAACUACCCCAACAAAAAAGAGUGAACUGCUGCAGUAA